GGUGCCCGAGCCGCUGGUGAGGUUGGUGGGGGGGAAGGGAGAGGGAUGGAGAACUGCUGGGGCGUCCCGCUGAAUGUACCCGCCUGCAUGGAGAGGCACCUGGACACGCUCCAGUACCGGAAAGAUGGAGCUCUGUUACUUGGCGCAUCUACAUUAUCUGGCCGCAGUUGGUUGGGAUCUAUCUGGUUAUUCAAAGAUCCACUCAAGGCUCCAAAUGAAGCAUUCUGCACAGUUGGUGUCCAAGCACAGGCAGGGGUGGUGGAUGCAUGUUGGGUUUCUGACAGAGAAAUCCUUGUAGCAUCUGAUUCCGGUGCUGUAGAGUUGUGGGAGGUGUCUGAGAGUGAAACUGCAAUGGUGAGCAAGUUCUGUAAAUAUGAACACGAUGACAUUGUUACUAAAAUCAGCUUGCUUUCUGGUGGAAAACAGGCGGUUAGCAGCAGUUUAGAUUGCAGUGUGAAGAUUUGGGACCUGGAGCAGAAGACAGUGUUGAUCUCUUACCAAGCUCAUUCAGGAGCAGUGAUGUGUGUAUCUGCCUGCCCAAGCAAUGAAAACCUCUUCCUCUCUUGUGCUCAGGACAAGAGACUUUUACUGUGGGACAGAAGAAAUUCCAAACCAGCAUUACGGAUUGAAAUGGGAUUACCACACUGUUCUCCAACUACCGUUACAUGGCACAGUCAGAAAGAUCACAUCUUUGCUUUUGGAACUGAAAAUGGAAUUGUUGGUGUGAAAAGCUUACAAAAACAGUGUGAUUCCAUUCAGACGUCGGCACUGCAUUCACGGACUGUUUCGGGGCUGCAGUUUUCCUCUCACAGCUCUCCCCUUUUGGCUUCCGUUAGUGAAGACUGUACAGUGGCUGUCAUUGACAUCAACCUGUCAGAAGUGUUUAGGAAUAAAUCUCACAAGGACUUUGUUCGUAGUGUAUGCUGGUCACCUCUGAAUUUGGAUCUAUUCAGUACUGCAGGAUGGGACCAUCAAGUUCUACAUCACACGGUUGGCUUAGAUAAGGACACAGGCACGGCGUGAGGAGAAGAUGUAAUAUUCAAAAUCCUACUUUUAUACCUUUUCUAUAACCAUGUUACAUCUUUGAAACUGUGCUCUGAGGAGAAGUAAUAACAGAGGUGUGUCGUUGGGAUACCCAAAUGCCAAAGUAGUGGUGAGGGGAGGAGGGUGGGGGGAAGCUGUGGGGGAAAUCAUUUGUAACACUCCAACUUUCUGUUUGUACAAGUUACUAACCUCCACCAAAAUCUGUAUCCAUGCCCAUCAAAGUCUAUGAAUUUGUGCACCUGCCUAGUUCUACUCUGAAAGCAGAGUGAGAGUAAGAUAAUCAAGAUGUUUCAUCUUUCUUGUGGACUUGUAGAAAUGAGAAUAAAUGUUCUCUAGAAUGUCAUGUAUUAGAAAUGGGUAGCCAACUGGACUUCCGGUAUUCAUAAUUCAGUGGCUUGCAAGAUAUUUUGGUAGCCUGGAGCUACAGGGUGACUGUGAAUUUUGAUCCCUUCUACUAUGUUUCACAUUGUGUUUAGGAUGAGGAAGAAAAGGAUUAAAAAGAAACUUUUAAGUAAUAUAAACUUGUCAGUUUUUACAUAUUUUAUGUAGACUUCAGCGAAAGAAACUAUACUACUAUUGAAACUACAUGUUGCAGGGUUCGUAACAGUUGGUCAAUAUAAUUAGCAAAAUGUAAUACAAUCUGAGGAAAAAUUGAAAGAAAUCUGGAAAAAUAACUGGAAAAUGUUCUGUUUGUAGUGGUGUGAAUUUCUGAAUUUGUUUUCUUUAAAAAGCCACUCCAAAUCACUACUUGGGUUUAUGUAAAUAAACUGGUAUUAAUAUUUCAUUAGGAACCCUGGUAUGAUCCCUUAAUGCAAGGAAACUGUAAGGAGUACAACAAAGUAUGUACUGGCUUUUAGAUUAUCUUUAAUGGCCAUUAAGUUAUGAUUAAUUUAGUAUUAUCUAUGAAAAGGAUAUUACUGCAAUGAUGCGUUGAACUAAUUGCUAAUGCACAGAAUCCCUACAGCAUGGAAAUAGGCCAUUUGCUCUCUGAAGUGCACCCUACCCAAACCAUCUAAUCAUGCAUUUCCCGAGGCUAAUUCACCUAGCCUGGACACUAUGGGCAAUUUAGCGUGGCCAAUCCACCUAACCUGCACAACUUUGGACUGUGGGAGGAAACUGGAAUACCCGGAGGAAACCACGCAGACACAAGGAGAAUGUGCAAACUCCACACAGAUGGUCACCAGAGGCUGAAACUGAACCAGUCUCUGGUGAUGUAAGGCAGCAGUAAUAACCAUUGAGCUACAGUGUUGGCAUGAACUGCAAGAAAUGUGAAAAACUGUCAAGAAUUAACCAGAAAUACUAAGAAGUGUCAAGCAGUGUCAAAACAGUCAAGACCUGUCAAAUAUGUUCUUGUGAAUGAGUGUUUUCUCACUAAUGUAAUCAACAUCAUAGAAACUGAUCGAACUUUGCUUUCUUUCCUUUGUGCACGUGUACUUAUGAAUGAUUUGGCUUGGCAUAAGAAAGUGGUGAAGAUGGUGAGUGGAAGUAGGCACUAGAUUCUAUUAGUGUGGGGUUUAGAGAGGUACAGAUGCUAGGAGAGAUUAUGAAUGUGGUGAAAGGAAGUGAAGGGAAUGUGAGAAGUAAGGUCUGGAGGAAUGGUUUGUUUUAUCCAUUGCAUCUGAUUGUAGGAUGGUGUCAUGGAGCUCUUUGGCAGACUUUUCACCCAGCUUGCCUCAGGAACUGUCAAUUGCCUCAGCUCUUCCUGGGCCACCGAACCCAACUUCAACCCAGGCCAAAUAUGUCGAAGUUUAUUCCAAAAACUAUGCAUAUUAAAGAAAUCACCACAGGUCUCCAUUAUUAAAGUCUUUGUAAUGCUAAUUUUUAUUAUACAUCUAUGUGUGCAAAGGUUGGGCAAGGUGGCUGCAUACAUGCAGGGUUAUUUUCUUUGAGUUUGUGACAAAGGAGUAGUGGCAGUGGGGACUUCUAAUCACAUCCAACAGAGAGGAGGGAACCAGUUUUGUUCUGGGCAGGAUCCCAUGAUUCUCCUUACUGUAUUUAUGCUGACACUAACCCAGAUGUGAUUUAACCAAUUUUAAUUACAUAUUCCAAGAAAGAAUACCCGUUCUUACAUCAUAGAUCCUGGACUCUUAUUUUUCAUUUUAUUUUCUCAUUUUGUUUGUUGUCUACUUUUCCAGUUUAUUUUCCUGAGGGGCUACAUGUUAUUACUUGGCAAGGAUAAGGGAAAGCAACAAGUAGAAUGCACAGCCGUGGAAAGCUGGAACAAACAUCUUGAUAGAAGUUUACAAAAUUAUGAGGGGCAUGGAUGGUUGGAGUCUUUUUUUUCCCCCAGGGUAGAAAUGUCAAUCACCGGGGGCAUUUGUUUAAGGUAAAAGUGAAAAGUGUAAAAGAGAUGUGAGAGGCAAGUUUCUACAGAGGGUGAUGCCAGAGGAAGUGGUAGAAGCAGAUCCAAUAGCAACCUUUAAGAAGCAUUUUGAUGGAUACAUGAAUAGGCAGGGAAUAAAGGGAUAGGGAUUCAUAGAGGCAAAAGGUUUUUAAUUUAGAAAAAUGUCUUGUGUCGGUGCAGGCUUGGUGGUCUAAAGAACCUAUUCCUGUGCUGUACUGUUCCUUGUUCUUUGAAAUGGAUUAAUUGAAUUUAAAAGUAUACUUUGACUAGCCUUAGUUUGUCUUAUCUUUUAUCGUCAUAUUAUAAUUACUUAUACCACCAAAGCACCAUUCAUUAGACAAAAGGGAAAGAAAGUAUGCCUUUACAUAGCAGAUUUCUCAGACAUUGCAAACUCCACUGUUCUGAGUGCUGUGAAUUAUUUUAUAAAACGAUUAUUGGUUAGCUUAAUAUCCAAUCCAACAAAUAUAUCUUUGCCCUUAAUAUUGCAGCAGUCCCUCAGUGUUAUACCAGUCAACCUACAUGAUUUGCUCAAGUCUCUGGCACAGAGUACAAACUCAACCUCAAAAAGUGCUGAACUUGCUGUUACCAAAUCCCUGACAAUGGAGUUUUAAAUCUUGGAGUUAUGAGAGAAUAUCCUGUGUCAAUUGCUGUCUUAAUUUGCAUCAUUUUGAUGUGGGUCGUGCUGUUUGUGGAGAAACAUUAUGUUGAAAAAGUGCUAUUUGGUAACGUUUGCAGAAGACAAGGAGAUAUCUCUCUAGAUUGGCCUUCACCCAGUCUCAUAAUAAGGUGAACAAUUUCAGUGAUAGAUCUGAUGAAUAAACAACUUUCACAAACUUCGUAUUUGAUCGUGACCUCCAUGUCAACUUGUAUCAACGAUAGUGUUUUUGGGUCUGGAAAAAAUAUAAUUGAAAU